AAACACAACAUCAGAACGCUGCUCUUGCACGAGCUGGGGAACUGGAGCAUGAGUGUUCGCACGAGGGGCGUUCAACAGCGCGCGAGGGAGGGAUGAUAAAAAUAAAAAUGAGAAAAUAAACGGAGAUUUUUGAAAAAGAAAAAAAGUAAAAAGAACAAAAGGAAGACUAAAUAAUUUACAGUUUGAAGACUGAGAGUGAGCUGGACACGCGCUCUUAUACUUUUUUAUUUUUUUUUUAACCUCUCCCAUUUUUGGGGUAUUUUGUGGAUGGCACGGGAGCUUCCAGCGCGCGCACCGGAGUAGCGCGUGCGGGCGUGGCAGAGAGUCCUGUUCCCCGAGCCGGAGCGUAUACGUUUUGGGGAUCCCCCACACCGAGCCCCCAAAGCAGCCCACCCGACCCCAAUUUCGACUAAGCAGCCGCGACGCUGCCGCGCGCCGAACGUCCGCGCGGCCCGUGCAGCGCGAGGCGCGGCGUCCGUUCGGGCAGCAUGGUGCAGUGCGCCGGGUGCGCGAGGCCCAUCCUGGACCGCUUUCUGCUCAACGUGCUAGACCGCGCUUGGCACGCCGAGUGCGUGCAGUGCUGUGAGUGCGGCCGCGCGCUCACCGAGCGCUGCUUCUCCCGCGAGGGCAAACUGUACUGCAGGGAGGACUUCAUCAGGCGCUUCGGCACUAAGUGCGCGGGCUGUCUGCAGGGCAUCUCUCCGGGCGACCUGGUGCGGAGGGCGCGCGGGAAGGUGUUCCACCUGAACUGCUUCACCUGCGCCGCGUGCAACAAGCAGCUCUCCACCGGGGAGGAGCUCUACGUCAUCGACGAGAACAAGUUCGUGUGUAAGGAGGACUAUACGGGCACGAGCAUACGCGAAGUCAACCUCAACUCAGUGUCCUCGUGUACGGAUCGUAGCCUAUCCCCUGACCUGCCCGAGCCCGGCCCGGACGACACAAAGGAGACGGACAACUCCACCUGUUCAGACAAGGACACCAAUAACAAUGAGAACGAGGAGCAGGGGGCGUGUCAGAAAAGAAGGGGUCCACGGACCACCAUCAAGGCUAAGCAGUUGGAAACGCUAAAGGCUGCUUUCGUGGCCACGCCCAAACCCACACGGCACAUCCGCGAACAGCUUGCCCAGGAGACCGGUCUGAACAUGCGUGUCAUACAGGUGUGGUUUCAGAACCGGCGGUCGAAAGAAAGGAGGAUGAAGCAGCUGAGCGCUCUCGGUGCCCGCCGGCACGCCUUCUUCAGGGGUCCGAGGAGAAUGAGGCCGCUGGGUGGGCGGCUGGAAGACCCUGAUAUUCUGGGCCCCGGGGGAUACAGCUACUACGGAGAGUACCAGGGCGACUACUACGGCCCGGGGGUCAACUACGACUUCUUCCCUCAUGGUCCGCCCUCCUCACAGGCCCAGUCUCCAGCCGAGCCACCCUACCUCCUCAGCUCAGGCUCCGGGACACUGGACGGGGGUCCGGGCUCAGCACACCAUCCCACAGACGACCAAAGGUACACGGACAUGAUCUCUCACGCAGACACGCCCAGUCCUGAGCCCGGCCUGACCGGACCCCUGCACCCUAACUCACAAGGGGAGGGCUUCGGCGGGGGGCCGAGUCCGCCAUUUCCACUGGCCAACAACACCAGCUACAGCGGUCCACUGCCCCACUCCGGCCAGGAGAUGGGCGAGAACGCGGUAUGGUAGAGAGGCCACCAGGGGGCAUGAACUAAAAAAAAAGGGCAGAACUUGAAAAAGAGGGUGGACAGUAGACAUGGACUUCAAACUUGUCCACCCCAGGCCCAAAAUCCUGCAAGCCCUGCCGGCUCCAACCCCACCAGUACUGUAUGAGACUGCUGAGUACUGAGUGUCCCGGUCUUCCCGGGUUACUCACACGCAGGACAAAUGAAGAAAUGUCUAGCCGUCGCCCCUGGAAACGGAUAAAGGGCACAACAACUUGGAACACAUGGAAACCUAGCAGGGACAUCUCUCCUUCCUCCUUCCUUCGUUCCCUUUCUACAGCCCAGCUGCAGUCACCACUCAACUGGCCAGUCACACACAGGUGGAAUUCUUUCCAUUGCCUUUGUUUUAACACCAACACCCAAGUGUUAAUUCAUCACAAUGACCAUUACUGCACAUGCCUGUUAUCUUUAUUCAUUUUUUAUUUUAUUUUUCUUUAUUUCGACUGCUGUCACUUACAGUCCAGACUCGGUUGUUGGCCCAUGUCCACACACAGACGUGGCCAGCGAGCGGUCAACGGAUAUAUAUUCAAGAACUCAGAAGGUUUUUUCUUUCUUAAAAAAUUAGAUAUUAAAUUUGUUGCAUUUUGGACUGCCUUGUUUAUUUUUUUUCCUUCUCUACUCUUCAAACCUCUGGCCUGUUUGUAACAUACAGUAUUUGGUUAUUUCAUUAAUUGAAUAAAAAAAUAAUGAAACAUUUUAUUAAAACAUUUUGAUGAACACAGA